GCCUUCCGGAGGCUCUCGAUUCAUCGUUGCGCUAAUUCCUUCGGAGUUAUUCCCUGGAGUGUCUCUCCCUUCGGCUCCCACGUAUUAUAACCUUGUUACCCCCACAAUUUCUGUGUCAACUUUAGUCGAGCCAUUUCCAUUGAUUUGUUCCUUUAUUUUAUUCGUUCGUUUUCCUUGUGUUGAAGUCGACAUGGCGAAGAACCAAGUGACGAGUUGGACAGAGGCGAGGGACCAACUGCGGACCUGGAGGGAGAAUUCUGACCGAAAGAGUCGGGAAAUCGUCGCUCUCUGGGACUCCGUGCUGAUGAGCAAAGUGGAGAACCUCGGGAACGAGAAGUACCUCGUGCUGGAGCAGGUUUGUGUGGCUGCCCUGGACUGCUAUCGCCUCCCCCUCGCGGAGUACUGCAUUAAAAUCCUGAUGAGAGACUUCCCAGGGAGCCUCAGAGUGCACAAGUACCACGCGAUGCACUUGGAAGCUUUGGAAAUGUACACAGAAGCCCAGGAGGUUCUGGACUCCAUAGUGAAGCGUGAUGAGACAAACGCAGCCCCCAGGAAGAGGAAGGUUGCCAUUCUAAAGGCAAGAGGGAAAACAGCUGAAGCCAUCAAGGAGCUCACUGAUUAUCUCAAGAUGUUCAUGAGUGAUCAAGAAGCCUGGCACGAGCUCUGUGACCUCUACCUGCAGGAGCAGGAGUACUCGAAGGCUGCAUUCUGCAUGGAGGAGCUGAUCCUCCACAAUCCCCACAGCCACUUGAUUUUCCAGAGAUACGCAGAGAUCAAGUAUUCGCAUGGGGGAUUCGAGAACAUGGAAAUUGCUAAAUCCUACUUCGCUCAAGCUGCCAAGCUGAAUCCCAACAAUAUACGAGCACUUUAUGGAUUAUUAUUGACUGCUAACAACAUCGCCUCAUCCCCAAAAUGUCCAGCCUCAAAGAAACGAGAGGCCACAAAAACGAGUGAAUGGGCAUCAGCACAGAUAGAGAAGCAGUACAAAGCGAAAUCAGCUGAUGAAAAUAGUUUAAAAAAUGUCGAGGGUCUGCUCAGCCAACUGCAACUCGAUGCCUGAGAUGCCACCCUAGUCUAGCCUCAAUUUGUAUCUUUUUAAAAAUCCAAACGAUAAAUUCAUCAAUAGUUAGUGAUUUGUAUAUUUGUUCAAAUAAUUGUAAUAUAUGUGUAAAUGCCAUAUUCACGUGCAUCACUGGUUAUGCACGAAUAUCUCGACGAGGAAAUUGAAAUGUUCCUCUCUGGAAUAAUGUAUCAAAGAGAAUCAAUAGUGAAGUGAUCCAUAAAUUAGUUCAGAAUCAAUUUCACUCGGAUUAUUUCGUGAAUAUCUCAGAAUCUGUUGAGUUCAGAGAGAAACGACAUUCCCCUCUAGACUCACCAGUUCCCGAGACAUUCUCCAACUUCUUCACAACUUUGUUACGAAAAAUUAGAUAAUUGACGUCAUUUUAAAUGCUUGGGAAGACAACUGUCGUCACAUUCCUGAAAAGUAAAUUAUCACGAUAUUUUAAUAGAAGAGAAGAAAAUGUAUCCAUUGUAGAAAUGUCUACGAUUAUUUAUUGAAAUACGUUGAUUAUAUUUCUAAGAUAAUUCGUUCAUUCUGAAAUGGAAAAAAAAAUGUUGACUGUGUGACUUCGAGAGAAGUCGAAAAAUCGUUGUAACUCACCCUGAGAUAAGUUACAGAAUGCAAGUGAAGUGAAUUAUGCAAUUAAAUGUUUGUUAUCAUCAUGAAAA